UGAAGUAAGCAAUUUGUUCUUCUCAUUUGAUAUUAACAGCAAAAGGACUUUAUCUCUAACUUAUUUGGCUUCAUUAUUUGGCUUUCAAUUACAUUAACUACAUGAAAACCUUACAGAAAUUGCCUGUGAAGUAUAAGAUAGAGACUUAAAACAAUUUGAUCAAAACGUUAACAGAUGAAACUCAGUUUUUCUCUCAAAGGCAGGACUCCAACAACGCAGGUGGAAAAGCAACAAAAGGAACAAGACAAAGGAGGAAAGGGAAGAUGAAGGACCGACUUCAAGAACUAAAGCAACGAACAAAGGAAAUCGAACUCUCUAAAAACAGGCAUGUGUCAAGUACAGAAGCAGAGGAAAAAGGAAUAAUUCUGCAGCAAGCCAUUAUUUAUGAAAGAGAGCCGGUAGCUGAGAGACACCUCCAUGAGAUCCAAAAACUACAGGAGAGUAUUAAUGAUUUGACGGAUGCUGUUCAAAAAUUUGGGCAGCAACAGAAGAGUUUGGCGGCUUCAAUGAGAAGGUUUAGUCUACUUAAGAGAGAGUCUAGUAUUACAAAGGAGAUAAAAGCCCAAGCAGAACACAUUAAUAGAGGAUUGGAUAAUUUAGGAAAAGACAUUACAAAAUCAGAGGCUGAAAAUGGUCCGUCAUCAGUGGUUACCAGGAUACUGAAGUCUCAGCACGCUGCGAUGUUCCACCAUUUCCAGCAAACUAUGUUUGCGUACAAUGACACAAUAGCAGCAAAGCAAGAGAAGUGCAAGAGAUUCAUUUUCCGUCAGCUUGAAGUUGCGGGAAAAGAAGUGCCUGAAGAAGAAGUGAAUGAUAUGCUUCAUCAAGGGAAAUGGGAAGUUUUUAAUGAAAGCUUGCUUACAGAAAGCAGUAUUACUAAAGCACAACUCUCAGAGAUAGAACAGAGGCACAAGGAACUUGUUAAUUUGGAGAACCAAAUCAACGAUUUAAGGGUGCUUUUCGUUCAGAUAUCUCUUUUAGUAGAAGAACAAGGAGAAAGCAUCAACAAUAUUGAAAUGAUAGUUAAUGGUACAAAAGAAUAUGUUAACACUACUACGGAGAAAUUUGGACUAGCUGUAAAAUACAAAAAAAGAAAUCCUUGCAGGGUCCUGUGUUGUUGGUGUUGUCCAUGCUGUGGCUCAAAAUAAAGACGCUAUUUU